UUGAGUUUCAAUUUUGUGAGUCACGUGUCUUCUGAUUGUGCAGCCGGAGACAUUCAAAAUACACAAGAAAACUGUGUUCAUGUGGAGAAUAUCGCAGCGUAAGUUUUUGAAGUGUUUUUGUUAUGAAAAUCAGACUGAAAUUUUGCAGAACUUGGCAAGAGGGUGAAAAUUUCUGCACUGCUCACAAUGGUCAUUUAGCUUCAGUUCACAAUGCUUUUGAUAUGACGUCACUGAGAAGUGAGUUGCUCUUUUUUUGAAAGUGGAAUAUUUUCGGAUUCAGGAAAAGAGGAUGAUUGGAAAUCCACGUGAUAGUUUGAAAAUCAUAAGAAUUCUGAAACUAUUUAACAUGAUUUGAUGGUAUUUAGAUCAAAAAUUCAAACAGUCACGUAGUAGGAAUGAAUUGAGACAUUUUGUAGAAGAUAAGAAAAGAGUUAGAAAUUCACAUAAAAAACAAAAUUUUUGAUAAAUCCACGUGCAAAUUAAACUUUGAAACUCAUUGUUCUACAACUAAAGUUUAGGAACGCACAUGACCAAAUUUUCACACUUGGAAAUCGAUUUGGCUGAUAAAUUCUCAAAAAACAUUAUCUUGAAUAGUCUCAAAAAUCAACAUGACAAAAAUAGCUUUUCUCUAGAAUUUCUUUUCUAGAAAUCUACAAUUUUAAAUUACUUUCAAAGCUUUCAAAAAUGGUAAACCUCAACUAACCAUUGUUGCAGAAGUCGCUUCAAGUUGUCAAAACUUUUGGCUUGGUGGAAAAUGCGAAUCCGGUUCAAAUUGUCAAUGGACCGACGGAACAACGUUUGAUUACACAAACUUCCGAAAUGGAAAUAAAGGUUCGGAAAAUUGUGUAGUUGCGGAUACAAAAUCAGGAUUAUGGUCAACUCAAAGUUGUGCAUUAACAAGUUGUAUUGCUUGUGAGAUAAAAGGGCAAAUGAGAGAUUGUCAAGAUUGGCUACAAGCUGGAUAUUCGGAGUUAGUUUUUUGUUGUUGAAAAUGAAUUGUUUUCAACAAAAAAUCAAAAUAUGCGACUUUUUCAGCAGUGGAAAAUAUACUAUUCUGAUAAAUAACAAGGAAACUGAAGUUUAUUGCGAUAUGUCAACUUAUAAUGGAGGAUGGAUUGUUUUCCAAAAGUAAGUUAAAGUGGGAAUAUUAGAAACAGUAUCAGAAAAAAAUUUCAGCCGAGUUGAUGGAUCUGAAAGUUUUUGGGAUCGAUCUUGGGAUGAUUAUAAAAAUGGAUUUGGAACUGAUAUGAGUGAUGUAAGUUUUGUCAGAGGGGAAGGCAAAAAUUGAAAAUAAUUUGGGAAAUCGAAUAAAAAAUUCACAUUUGAACUUUCACGUUUUUUUUUUAAUUGAAAAAAAUAAUUUUCGAAAAAACUUUCGGAAAAUUUUCUCAAUCAAUUCAAAAAAAACGUGACAAAACUUAUAAGAAUUUUUCCUUUGAAAAAAUCUUUAAUUUUAAUAUCGGUUUUACUGCAAGUGCUUACAUAAGAACUUUAUGCAUUUUUUCAAUCGUAAUCAAAAUUCAAAAAAUCUAGGCGGCCUCGAAAAAAAUUCAAAGCAUUUUCAGUCCUCCAAUUUUUGGCUCGGCAACGAAGCAAUCUAUCAACUAACUUCUCUUGCUCCUGGAAAUGUAACACUUCGAGUUGAAAUUUACGGAGACCGUAGUCCAAAUUCAAGCUACACAAAUGAUUAUUGGUGGGGCCAUUAUCAACAAUUCCUAGUUGGUCCGGAAACUAAAAAUUAUACACUUUUGAAUAUUUAUACCGAUUGGUCAAAUCCAAUUGGAAAUGCAACAACAGCUUGGUAUGAUAUGACAUAUUCAAUUGGAGCACCAUUUUCAACUGUUGAUCGGAUAAAUGAUCCAAGAACUGAGUGUGUCACACAAUUUCAGAUGGGGUAAGUUGGAAGUUAUGAGACUUUUAAACUUUUUUUUAGUUAAAAUAAGUUCAGAUUAAUAUUUUUCAGAGGUUGGUGGCUUCAUAAUUGUGCUCUGUCAACAUUAAAUGGUGCCUACAUUCCAAAACAAUGGGAUAAUGGAUAUGGUGUGUUUUGGAUUGUUGAUGGCGCCGAUUAUAUAAUUCACCCUUACAAAACCAGAAUGCUAUUGAGGAGAGAACUCUAA